AAAGAUUUACCUGAAAAGCAGAAAGAAAUUGAGGCUCACGUAAAGGACCUUGGGCAGUUUGAAGAGCAGUUAAACCGUCUGCUUUUGUGGCUGUCUCCAAUUAGGAAUCAGCUAGAAAUUUGUAGUGAACCGAGUCAAACCGGACCAUUUGACAUCAAGGAAACUGAAGCAGCAGUUCAAGCUAAACAGCCAGAUGUGGAAAGGAUUUUGUCUAAAGGGCAGCAUUUGUACAAGGAAAAACCAGCCAGUCAGCCAGUAAAGAGGAAGUUGGAAGACCUGAGCUCUGACUGGAAGGCAGUAAACCAUUUACUUCAAGAGCUGAGAGCAAAGCGGCCCGGCCUAGCUCCUGGACUACACGCUAUUGGGGCCACUCCAAGUCAGACUGUUACUCUGGUGACACAACCUGUGGUUACCAAGGAAGCUUCUAUCUCCAAACUAGAGAUGCCAUCAUCUUUGCUGUUGGAAGUGCCUGCUCUGGCAGAUUUCAAUCGGGCUUGGACAGAACUGACCGACUGGCUUUCUCUGCUUGACCGAGUUCUAAAAUCGCAGAGAGUGAUGGUGGGUGAUGUCGAAGACAUCAAUGAGAUGAUCAUCAAGCAGAAGGGGAUGAUGCAAGAUUUGGAACAGAGGCGCCCCCAACUGGAAGAACUUAUUACUGCUGCCCAGAAUUUGAAAAACAAGACUAGCAAUCAAGAAGCCAGAACAAUCAUAACGGAUCGAAUUGAAAGAAUUCAGAGUCAGUGGGAUGAAGUGCAGGAACACCUCCAGAGCCGGAGACAACAGCUGAAUGAGAUGUUAAAGGAUUCAACUCAGUGGCUGGAAGCAAAGGAGGAAGCUGAGCAGGUUGUGGGACAGGCCAGAGCCAAGUUGGAGUUGUGGAAGGAGGGUCCCUACACGGUGGAUGCCAUCCAAAAGAAAAUCGCAGAAACUAAGCAGCUGGCUAAAGACCUCCGCCAGUGGCAGAUAAAUGUCGAUGUGGCAAAUGACUUGGCACUGAAACUUCUCCGGGAUUAUUCUACAGAUGAUACCAGAAAAGUACACAUGAUCACAGAGAACAUCAAUGCCUCUUGGGGAAGCAUUCAUAAAAGAGUGAGUGAGCGAGAGGCAGCUUUGGAAGAAACUCAGAGACUGCUGCACCAGUUCCCCCUGGACCUGGAGAAGUUCCUUGCCUGGCUCACCGAAGCUGAGACAACAGCCAAUGUCCUGCAGGAUGCCACCCAUAAGGAGCGGCUUCUGGAAGACUCCAAGGGCGUAAGAGAGCUGAUGAAACAAUGGCAAGACCUCCAAGGGGAAAUCGAAGCUCACACAGAUAUCUACCAUAACCUGGAUGAAAAUGGACAAAAAAUCCUGAGAUCCCUUGAAGGGUCAGAUGAUGCAGUCAUGCUCCAACGACGUCUGGACACCAUGAACUUCAAGUGGAGCGAGCUGCGGAAAAAGUCUCUCAACAUCAGAUCUCAUUUGGAAGCCAGUUCUGACCAGUGGAAACGUCUGCACCUUUCUCUUCAGGAGCUUCUGGUGUGGUUACAGCUGAAAGAUGACGAGUUAAGUCGCCAGGCACCAAUAGGAGGCGAUUUUCCAACAGUACAGAAGCAGAAUGAUGUCCACAGGGCCUUCAAGAGGGAAUUGAAAACUAAAGAACCUGUAAUCAUGAGUACUCUUGAGACUGUACGAAUAUUUUUGACAGAGCAGCCUUUGGAAGGAUUGGAGAAGCUCUACCAGGAGCCCAGAGAGCUGCCUCCCGAGGAGAGAGCCCAGAACGUUGUUCGGCUGCUAAGAAAGCAGGCGGAGGAGGUCAAUGCCGAGUGGGAGAAACUGAACCUGCACUCUGCCGAUUGGCAGAGAAAGAUCGAUGAGGCCCUUGAAAGACUACAGGAGCUCCAGGAGGCGGCAGAUGAGCUGGACCUCAAGCUGCGCCAAGCUGAGGUGAUCAAGGGAUCCUGGCAGCCCGUGGGGGAUCUCCUCAUUGACUCGCUCCAAGAUCACCUCGAAAAAGUCAAGGCACUUCGGGGUGAAAUUGCACCACUUAAAGAGAACGUAGGCCACGUCAAUGACCUUGCUCGCCAGCUCACCACAUUGGGCAUUCAGCUCUCACCAUACAAUCUCCGCACUCUGGAAGACCUGAACACCAGAUGGAAGCUUCUGCAGGUGGCCAUUGAAGACAGAGUCAGGCAGCUGCAUGAAGCUCACAGAGAUUUUGGCCCUGCGUCCCAGCACUUCCUUUCCACUUCUGUCCAGGGUCCCUGGGAGAGAGCCAUCUCACCAAACAAAGUGCCAUACUAUAUCAACCACGAGACCCAAACAACUUGCUGGGAUCAUCCCAAAAUGACAGAGCUCUACCAGUCUUUAGCUGACCUGAACAAUGUCAGGUUCUCCGCCUAUCGGACUGCCAUGAAACUCCGAAGACUGCAGAAGGCCCUUUGCUUGGAUCUCUUGAGUCUGUCUGCUGCAUGCGAUGCCUUGGACCAGCACCACCUCAAGCCAAAUGACCAGCCCAUGGACAUCCUGCAGAUCAUUAAUUGUUUGACCACGAUUUAUGAUCGCCUGGAGCAAGAGCACAACAAUCUGGUCAACGUCCCUCUCUGUGUGGACAUGUGUCUCAACUGGCUGCUGAAUGUUUAUGACACGGGGCGAACAGGGAGGAUCCGUGUCCUGUCUUUUAAAACCGGCAUCAUUUCUCUGUGUAAAGCACAUUUGGAGGACAAGUACAGAUACCUUUUCAAGCAAGUGGCAAGCUCCACAGGAUUUUGUGACCAGCGCAGGCUGGGCCUCCUCCUGCACGACUCUAUCCAAAUCCCAAGACAGUUGGGUGAAGUGGCAUCCUUUGGAGGAAGUAACAUUGAGCCAAGUGUCAGAAGCUGCUUCCAAUUUGCCAACAAUAAACCUGAGAUCGAAGCCGCCCUCUUCCUUGACUGGAUGAGACUGGAGCCCCAGUCCAUGGUGUGGCUGCCUGUUCUGCACAGAGUGGCUGCUGCCGAAACUGCCAAGCAUCAGGCCAAGUGCAACAUCUGCAAGGAGUGUCCAAUCAUUGGAUUCAGGUACAGGAGUCUGAAGCACUUUAAUUAUGACAUCUGCCAAAGCUGCUUUUUUUCUGGUCGAGUUGCAAAAGGCCAUAAAAUGCACUAUCCCAUGGUGGAAUAUUGCACUCCGACUACAUCUGGAGAAGAUGUUCGUGAUUUCGCCAAGGUACUAAAAAACAAAUUUCGAACCAAAAGGUAUUUUGCGAAGCAUCCCCGAAUGGGCUACCUGCCAGUGCAGACUGUCUUAGAGGGGGACAACAUGGAAACGCCUGCCUCGUCCCCUCAACUCUCACACGAUGAUACUCAUUCACGCAUUGAACAUUAUGCUAGCAGGCUAGCAGAAAUGGAAAACAGCAAUGGAUCUUAUCUAAAUGAUAGCAUCUCUCCUAAUGAGAGCAUAGAUGAUGAACAUUUGUUAAUCCAGCAUUACUGCCAAAGUUUGAACCAGGACUCCCCCCUGAGCCAGCCUCGUAGUCCUGCCCAGAUCUUGAUUUCCUUAGAGAGUGAGGAAAGAGGGGAGCUAGAGAGAAUCCUAGCAGAUCUUGAGGAAGAAAACAGAAAUCUGCAAGCAGAAUACGACCGUCUGAAGCAGCAGCAUGAGCAUAAAGGCCUGUCCCCACUGCCGUCCCCUCCAGAAAUGAUGCCAACUUCUCCCCAGAGCCCCCGGGAUGCUGAGCUCAUUGCUGAGGCCAAGCUUCUGCGUCAACACAAAGGCCGCCUGGAAGCCAGGAUGCAAAUCCUGGAAGACCACAAUAAACAGCUGGAGUCCCAGCUCCACAGGCUAAGGCAGCUGCUAGAACAACCCCAGGCAGAGGCCAAGGUGAAUGGUACAACACUGUCAUCUCCUUCUACCUCUCUUCAGAGGUCAGACAGCAGUCAGCCUAUGCUGCUCCGGGUGGUUGGCAGUCAAACUUCAGAGUCCAUGGGUGAGGAAGACCUUCUCAAUCCUGCCCAGGACACAAGCACAGGGUUAGAGGAAGUGAUGGAGCAACUCAACAACUCCUUCCCCAGUUCAAGAGGACACAAUGUAGGAAGCCUUUUCCACAUGGCAGAUGAUUUGAACAGAGCGAUGGAGUCCUUAGUUUCAGUCAUGACAGAUGAAGAUGGGGCAGAAUAA